CGCGCGAAGGGGGCGGAGUCGUUCAGGAAACGGUGAAUGGCUGUUAUGGCUAACUAGCUAGUCAGAUGGGUGAAGAGAAACGGCAAAGCGCUCGUUUCAGGCUACUAAAUAAACGCAGAUGUCUACAGUCGGCUUUUUAAUGGGCUUAGGAGCUAUAUUUAUGCCUGAACCAGUGUCCUCGCUUGCCUAGCUUGGCCUCCGCAGCCACUUGCCCAUUGAGCUGUCUGCUUGGAGGAGUGGGAGAAGCCGUUAGCCCUCAUAGCUCUCAUCAGGCUCUGAGCUAACCACACAGCUAACCUCGCUAACUUAGUAUGCCCUCUGAUUUCAUAGCUCUUCUAAGCACGGAUAUCGACCUCAAUUCACCCAAAUCUUUGUAUUCCAAAGUCGGUGACUUGUGGAGCAGAUCCAGCCCUGAAGCUCCACAGCAGUGUGUCAGAUCAGAGGCACAGACCCCCGGCUAGUGUGGGUGUUAGGAGGAAACCACAAUUGGCAUUACCGACAGUCUCUACUACACUAUUCCACAAAGACCAGCAAUGCUGAAUGUUUGAACCUCACACGGACCCAGUCUGAAGUGGACACAACCGUUCACCAAAAUAAACCAGUUGUCCUAUUAGAACGAGUCAGUGUAUGACCUCCUGCCUAAAGAACUUCAGCUUCCUCUAGCCUCACAGGACAGCCACAACAUGAGUCAGAAGAGUGGUGGGGAGGCAGGCCCUCUUCCCUCUGCUGCCGUGGCCUCAGGGAGUUCCCUCUGAAACAGGGAGAGUCUGCUUAUAAAAUGGUCUGCAGUUCUCUGCUUCGUAGGUCAGAAGCUUGUUUAUUCUGUCUCCAUGGCUAUGCUCAGUCCCAACCAAAUCCUCCGAUUGGCAUGCAUUAGCUGACAUCUGAAAAUUAUAAUUGGAGCCCAUUUGUUUUGAUAGGCUGUGUAGAUCAGUUCAGCGGUUAGUUAUGCGAUAGCAAUUGUACAUGCUCUGUGUAUGCCUUACGCAUGUUUACAUGGCACAGGAUUUAAUCUUUUUUAACAUUUAGGCCAUAGACUGUAAUUUAUGAUAGAAUGACAUGCAGUAAUGAUUAAGAAUAAGCAUUUUUUUUUACAUACAUGUAUUCAUUGAUGGCUAGACAGGAAAAAAGGAUUUUUAUAAAUGAUUGGCCUGAUAUUAUUGCUAUGUUUUUUAAUUUGGGAAAAAUUGGCCUAAAGGGUUAGGGCACAAUCAUGCACAAAAUUGCACUGCUUGAUCGGGACUGCUAGCCAGUUUUGUAGUAACGAGCGUUGUUAACUCUCUGCAUUGUGCACACUACAGAUGCAGCCACCGCCUGUGUUGUCUCAUCCUCCCCUGGAGGGCACAGCAGUGCUUCUUCCUGUCCCAGCAUGCACUGUGCUACUUCAGCUCCAGAGCAGUCUUCCAGGCUCCACUGUCUCCCUGUCGAGGUGCUGGGAGCGGAGCCUGGUUCAGCUUCCGGCAUCAGUGGGACUGCUGGGAACGAUGGUGUCGGAGCAGCAGCCCAUCAGAGCCAGAUGACGCCCUCAAAGCGACGCACUGUACUAAACAUCUCGCCGCCUCCAGAAGACCUGCUUGACGACAGCCGCAUGUCCUGCCAGGACGAGGUAACGCUCAACCCAGACUCUGAGCAGAGCGGCAGCAUAUGGAUGGACGACUCCGUAUCAAACUUUAGCAUGCUGAGCAGCACUUCAUAUAACGACAACACUGAGGUUCCUCGGAAAUCCUGCAAGCGAACACCACGCCAGAGGCCGGGCCAGAAGCCUGUAGCCAGGGAUGAAUCGACCAUGGAUGUGUUCGAUGCUGACAGUGCUAAAGCUCCACACUUUGUACUUUCACAACUCGGCUCUGAAGGAAAGGCCAGUCUCAAAGGGAGCACCCUGGAGGUGGCUGGCAGCCAGAAAGGUGGAAUUCUUUCAACACAGUACCCACAAAAGAGUGAGGGGAAAGAGCUAAAGAUUCUGGUGCAGCCUGAGACCCAACACCGAGCACGAUACCUCACAGAGGGCAGCAGAGGAUCUGUCAAAGACCGCACACAGCAAGGCUUCCCCACGGUCAAAUUAGAAGGUGUGAAUGAACCAGUUGUUCUCCAAGUGUUUGUGGCUAAUGAUGCCGGACGCGUAAAACCUCACGGCUUCUAUCAAGCAUGCAGAGUGACGGGACGCAACACGACUGCCUGUAAAGAGGUGGAUAUCGAAGGCACCACGGUUAUUGAAGUGAACCUUGAGCCAAGCAACUCCAUGACUUUAGCAGUGGAUUGUGUCGGGAUACUGAAAUUGAGGAAUGCAGAUGUUGAAGCCCGAAUAGGAGUGGCUGGCUCUAAAAAGAAAAGCACCCGGGCUCGUUUAGCAUUCAGGGUUAACAUCCCCAGACCGGAUGGCUCUGUCCUCACCCUGCAGACCCUUUCUUCACCCAUCCUCUGUACUCAACCUGCUGGAGUGCCUGAAAUUCUCAAAAAGAGUCUUCAUAAAUGCGCAGUGACUGGAGGAGAGGAGGUCUUUAUUAUUGGCAAAAACUUCCUUAAGGGAACCAAAGUUAUUUUUCAGGAAAUUUCCACAGAUGAUGGCUCGUGGCAGGCUGAAGCAGAGAUUGACAUGGAACUUUUCCAUCAAAAUCACCUAGUGGUAAAGGUGCCUCCUUAUCAUGACCCGACAGUGACCUCACCCGUAUCAGUUGGAAUCUCUGUGUUAACAAAUGCAGGAAGGACACAUGAACUACAGCCUUUCACCUAUACUCCUCUGCCAGAAAAAGUUGAUGUUCCCGUGAAGUCCGAAUUGUCAGUAACGGCAAAGCCUUGCACUUUUGAAGAGCAGAUAAAUGCAAUGCAAACUGGCACCAAUAGUCUUAACAGUACCUUGAUGGCUCCGAUGAUAUCCAUAGUCAAAAGGGAAGAAGUAACUCCGAUGGAAAUCUCUACCAACUCGACGACAUCCAGCAUUUUUAAGCCUGCAGAGGUCCUCAAUUCAGACCAACAGAUUUUGGAAAUUACCACCAUUCUUCCUACAAGUAGCAAAUCCUUUCCUAGCCCUGUGCCUCUAACAUCUGUUGACCCUCAACAAUCGGUGCCCACAAUGUUUGUACCUCCAGAGCCACUAACAACAAUUCAGAAACAGGAUAUCCCCGCUACUCCGUCCUUUCAAGUCUCCUUGUCAGAAGACACCACAGUUCUUCAGCCUGUGCCCCCACAGGUUCCUCAGCAGUUCUUGAGGGAAACCCCUGAGACUUUGUCUCCGGAAGACGACAGUCCAGACGGCACAGGAAUGGUGGUAGUGGGGAUGGAAUCUAGGCCUCCCCCGUCCCAACCACCCCAGGUUCAGACCAUUUUGCCUCAGGAUGAGGUAGCACAGCUGGAAAGAGCUGUUAGGGAAUUGCAAGAACAGCAGCAACUGAAUUCAGUGCUUUAUGAUUCAAACCCCUCUGCUGAAAACCUCCAGCAACACGUGCAGGAAAACAUGAACAGUUUAAGGCUGGGAGGCAAUGAGAACACUUUGACCAAUCAACAGCAGCAGCAACAAGAACAUAAUAUAUUGCAGAAUCUGCAGCAGCAGCAUCAGAAUGCUCUAGUUGAUCUGCAGCAUCAACAGACAGUCCUAAACAAUUUGCAGCAGCAACAAACUGUUUUGGAGAACUUCCAGCAACAAACUCUUGGAAAUCUGCAACAACAGUCACAUCAGAAAGUUUUGGAAAACCUGCAGCACCAGAAGGUUCUUGAGAACAUUCAGCAACAAAACUCUUUGGUAAAUAUUCAGCAUCAGAAUGUACUUGACAAUCUGCAACAGCAUCAGCAGAAUCUCGAGAAACUUCAACAAGAGCAACAACAUCAAGAGGUCUUGGAAAACUUGCAGAAACAGUUACAGACGGAACUCUUACAGCCACAGAUUCCCAUGCAGUGCACACCGAGUUUCCCUGUAGUACAACAGGAUCAAAUGUCUGAGCAUCAAACCACCACGCAGAUAGAUGGCUCUUUGUCACAGCCAUCUGAUAGUUUUCUCCAGAAUUCCUCCCCACAGCCACAGCAGCAAACACUUUUUCAACAGGCUGGGGGGCUACUGACUAUUCAGACAUCUAGCUUUCUUCAGCAGUCACCUUCCCAAACCUCGCCUCCACAGCAGCUGUUUCAGAGUCACACACCUCUUACUGACACACAGGAACCACAAACAGGGCUCUUUGGCACUUCUAAAGCUACCCCGGUCCAACCUGCUUUAUUUUCCAAUACAGUGACCAUGCUGACAAGCACUAACAUAUCUUCAGAGCAGCAGGCUCCCUCCGCUACCCUGUUCAUUUCUCAGGGUGUACUGCACAGCCAGAUAACGUCUAAUAAUUCCCCAAAUCAACAACAGCAACAAAUAGCUUUUCUCACCCCGAUGGAAACGUCAUCUUCAGCAACCCAAUCGGUGUCACUUUUUCCGGGACAGCCCCAGUUGUCCACUCCAAUGGAACAGCAUUCUUCACAGUCUCAGCAAAUGCCAACACCGCAGCAAGCUUCCCUAUUCCAGAAUAUCUCUACCAUAUCCCAAAGUCCGGGCCAGCAGCAACCACAGCCUGGCUUACUGUUCUGUGCUACUCCUGUUAAUCCUCAAGACCUCCCUCAGACCCUUUUGUUCAGUACCCAGAACCAAGGUCCGAUAAGUGGCAACCCACUGCCCCAAAAUAUCUUUCAAGACCAGCAACCCAUGCAGGUGGUCCCAAGCCCUGGGAAUAUAACAACGGACAACUCAACAAGUCAGCCUACAGUCUCUCCAUCACAGUCAACACAAAGUCCACAGAUUCUUUUUCCCCAAGCCCGUGUGGUGUCCGUGUCUCCGCAAGAUUCAGCCGAGCCCAUGUCUUUUCAAGACGAGUCCUCUGUUGUGGGUCACUCGUCUACCGGUAUGCCUACAACCCAGCCUGGACUCUUUCAGGACCAGCAACCUAUGCAGGUUGUCCCAAGUGCUAGCAGCUGUGCCUCUGUCCCCUCCACAGACCAGGGCACUGUUAAUAUUUUUUUGCCACAGGCAGCCAUUUCUGCACUCCAAAGUGGUGUAGGAAGUCAAGAGUUACCUCAGAAUGCUACAGCAACUGCCAUUUUUAGUGGGCAGGGUGGAGUGGCAAUUGGAGGGUUGCAGAGCUCCACUGCCACAUCCAGUCAACAGGCUCCAGAGUCACUUUUUCAGACAUCUUUAGGGGGAACCCUCAACCAGCCUGGACAACCAGGACAAACAGGCCUAUUUAUUUUUGAAAUCCCCACUGAAUGCAGUCCGUUAUUAACCCCUCCUGGUCCCACGUUGCCGGACCAGCUUGUCACCAUGGCGCAUCCCAGAUCGGAUCACAACCAGAACCAGCUUCAGACCAGUGCACAGAUACAUAGUUUACUAGACCAGUCCAACAACCUCAGCGAGAAGAUCGAUGAACUACUCGAGCAGUUUGAGGAACAAGGGAAGACGCUUCCCAGGGACUUCUUAGAACAGUAAAAUGUCACCUUGAUUAGUCUUCGUGAGCUCGGUUUCGAACUCGCAGACGCAAGUGACUCGGGCUACUUGAAGGAUCUGAAAUUUUAAAGCCUUUAAUAUUUGUCGAAUGGAUUAUGUAGGCUGUUACAGGUGGGUAUAAUCAUGGAACCAAAUAAUUGGGGCCAAUAAAAUGUCUUGUCAAGUCAGUGUUGUGAUCUGUCAUGGCAUUUCAUAUCUUGGCGAUUAUAUAUGUCAUGUUGACAAAAUUCCGUCACUCGUUCUACGUUACCAUCUUCCAUCUGUCUAACAGAAACUGACACGACGUCUCUAACAAAACCGUCGUCGAGCUGAUGUAAUACAUUGGACUAAUUCAUUGUCUGAAUUUUUUAGAUGGUGUGUUUAGCACUUUAUUGUGUUUUUUGAAGUGAGUUACAUGCUUUCAAACCAUUUGUAUCCAUAUUUGCCUCUUUUUAUAGUCUUUCCCAAAAAAAGAUCCUCUAUUUUCUACCAGCUCAGUCAUACUUUACUCUCCGUUUUCAUAUUAACCUAUAUAACGAGCCAUGCUUUUUUUAGACGAUCGUACGAAGCGUCCUCAUUAGUCUCAAUCCAUACCUUAUAUAUAUAUAUAUAU